UCUUAGAUCUAUAGUAUUGUGAAACCACAGCACUAGAAAAAUAACGCACACACACACACACACACACACACACACACACACACACACACACACACACACAAACCCACCUGUGAGAUGACUCAACGGUUCCACUUGUGACUAAUUAGCGAUGCUAUGAAUAUUUUAGCGUCUCGAAUGCAAUGCAGCCAGACCAAAAACAGUACAGAUUUCCUGUCUGCCAUAUUUGUUCGUUCUGAGAUAUGCGUAAGAGUCACUGCAAAUGUUUCAACGUCGUAAUUAACAACAUCCAAACAGGAGACAGGAGUUCCAGAAGGAUGAGAGUGUGUAUCCCUGAGGUUCAAAAAUACAAUGUGACACAGUUGUCAAAAAUAGGCUUCUGUUUUGACCGAGCAACAUGACACCAGCAUGCUCGGGUCUCAGGGGUUUGAGGACAGUAAGCACGGGGAUGAUGAGACCUCGUGGCUAUUCAUAGCUCUUUUGUUCGGUUUUAAGGCCAGUUGUCAUGACCCAGUGCUUGUGAUCCAUUCCUGUUCAUCUACGCUGCACUCCUAAGGAAAGGAUGUGGAAAAGAAAGAAAGAAUGGUUGAUCAAGCCCCCCAUGGAGUACCCUUUGGAGACAAAGUACAAGCCUGUGCUCGAGAGCCUAAUCCCCCCGGACCCCAUGAGCAAGCUGAAACUGAAGAGGCGUUGUCCCAAAGAAGAGUUUCCAAGUCUGGAUGGAAACUACACCUGCAUGGCCCGUGUGCUGGAUCUACACAUGUACACACGCCAGUUCAACCGGGCCACUGAGGGUGGAGUCAUCUUUGAUGACAUCAUUCAGCCGGGCCUGGAGGACCGAGGAACCAGAACGGGGCCCCUGAGUGCAGGCUGUUUAGCCGGAGACGCUCAGUCCUACAUUCUCUUCUGUGACUUUUUUGAACGAGUCAUUGAAGCGUACCACGGCUACAAGGUGCUCGGUCAUGUUAUGCAUAAGAGCGACUUCAAUUAUGACAACCUCAAGGGAGGUGAUGACUUCGACCAGGAGUAUGCUGUGAGCUGUGAGGUGAGCGUAUCUCGCUGCAUUGAGGACUUUUGCUUCCCCACACACUGCAGCCGAGGGGAGCGAAGACAGCUCCUUACACUCGGCAAAAAAGCUCUGGACCAACUUGGUGAAGAACUCCCAGGCAAACUUUACUCCAUGGAAGACCUCAACCAGGAGACGGAAGAUAAAGGGCUCGUUCUGGAUGCCCCGCCCAUUAUGUUAAUGAAGACCGGCGUGGCACGUGAUUGGCCUGAUGCACGGGCCUUGUGGUUGAGUGAGAACGGGAGCCUGGCAGUUUGGCUAAACAUGGAGGACCAUCUGAAACUGGUGUCUUCCAGAACCGACGCUGAUCUUCAGGAAGCCUUUGCAUCUAUAUGCAUCAAUCUAGUAAAGUUGGAGGCCAUUUAUAAUAAACUAAGACACUCGUUUAUCUGGAAACCUCACUUGGGCUGGGUGGUGAGCUCCCCGGCAGAGGUGGGCACCGGUCUGAAGGCCACGGUUACCAUCAGGCUGAGACACCUGCCUAAAAACAAACACUUGGAAAACAUCCUGGACAGACUGCGACUGCGCAUGGAGGCGUCCAACUCACAUGGGCUGUACAAAAUAAGCAAUCAGCAAACCAUUGGACUCACUGAAGUGGAGUUUAUGCAACUGGUGGUGGACGGGGUUAAACUUCUCAUCCGGAUCGAGAAGAGACUGGAGGAUAACGCGGGGAUCGACGACCUGGUGCCGGCGCAGAAGUAGAGUUUAACAGAGAUGCAUUGUGCAUUGUAUACGCAAAGCUCUGCGUAGUUAAAUCACUUAAAUCUUUAUUCUGUGUAGAACUUUAUUGAUUUAUUCAAUUUUUUAUGUAGUGUGAAGUUGAACUGUUCCACUGUACACUGAUCAGCCAUAACAUUAUG